UUUCCACGGCCAGGCCCGCGGGAUGCACGUGGUCGGCGGCGGGAUGCACGUGGUCGGCGGCGGGUGCACGCGAGGAGCCAUGCUAGAGACUUCGUGUUGUUUCCAGAACCGUCGACAAUAAUUACCCUCACUGCCUCACCUUCCCUCAUCGCUCUCUCUCCCCUCUCUCCAUUCUUCCACUAUCACACCGGGGGCGGCAUUCAGCGGAUCGGAGAACAGCAAGGCAACCAUCGGCCUCCAUCACCGGCAUCAGGAACAUCACCCAUAGCACUUCGGCAAUGGCGAUCGAGACGAAGAACAAGGGCAAGGAGGCGGUGUCGGCAAUGGAGAAGGGCAAGGAGGUGGUGCCGCUGUUGGACGAGGUGCCGCUCACGGACGAGGACGUGGUGGUGGAGGAGCCCCACAGCGGCAAGUGCCGGAACUAUGGGCACUACCAUGAGGGUGGGCCAACUCACUUCUGCAAGGUGAUCCUAUGCCCCUAGACUUCACGAAACACUUCCCCGCCGUGCGGACGGGGUUCAAGCUGAAGACAAACACCGGCUGCGGAUGGAGGGUUACUUUCCGACUGAUGAAUGGCCGAGUCACCCUCGAUCGGGGUUGGGCCCCCUUCGCCGUCGUCCACCAGAUCAAGAUCCGGUACUUGGUGACCUUCAAGUUGCUGACUCCCGACACCUUGAUGGUGACCGUCUUCAAAGACAACGGCAUUGAAGUGGUGACCAAGUGCGGGAGGCACGACGACGCCUUCGCCGUGAACGUCUAUGAGAGCUCUCUGUUGCACAUGCUAGUUUGGUUAGGACUAUGUCGUACUGGUUUGGUUAAAAACUGCUUAGUUUAAGUGUCGUACUAUGUUGAGAACUACUUGAUUUAGUUUAAACCUAUGUUUAUAUGAUAUCUAUUUGUGUGUCUUUGGUUUGUUCUGCCUGCCUAGUGUGCUGGUAACCAUUGCCACCUCCAUGAGGAGGUUACCCAUGGGGCUUGUUUCGUUUAGUGAUUAGUCCCACAUCGCCUGGCUACGCAAAAUGGGGUCGGGCGCUUGGCUAUUUAAUAGGACGUGGUGCCACGCGUGGAAGGGCAUCCAAAUCCUUGGUGAGCCUAACGCAGGCUACCCUUUCGGCUGAGUCGCGGGAGGUGCCCAACAAGAAUGCGCGGGACUGUCGAGUUGGAGCCACGAGGGAGGAGAAAGGGGAUCGAUUGCCCAAGCAUUGCGGCUCACGCGUGACCCCUGUGGCGGGGCGGGGUUCUUCUUUCCGGCCAUUGUCGAUGCAGAGCAAUGGGAAUACGCCGCCACUGUUCUCCCUCGGGAGUGGCCGUGGGAUGCCACCACCUGCUGUUUAUUCCCGGAAACAGGGGGCUAGCGCCGAUGGCGGGCCUUCUGCCGUACAGAGUGACGGCGGCGGCAACCACCUUCCCAGCAGCACUGACGUUGGCCACGGCCAACCAGUGAGCGAGAGGCCGCUUCAGAUCGUUCCUGCUAACACCAGAGCUGGGACGGGCAAGAACAUGCCACCGGCCGGUGGCAACGGCGGCUCUGCCGUGCCGGCAAACGGCCGCGUACGGAAGACACGCGCACCCAAGGGGAGCAGCACUCUAGGGGAAUCCAGGAAGGUGCCCGGCAAGAAAUCUGACGCCGGUGAACCGGCGGGCAUGCACCAUGGCACCCAAGACAACAACCAGCUGAAGACUGUCUCGGCUCCAAGCAACAGCAGGAAUAGGAAGAGCACGGCCUCUGCCUCGGCCGUGCCAUCGAGCCGGAGGCCUCGCAGGAAUAACAGUAGCAUGUCCGGCACGGCGGCGGCCAGAGCCAAGAAGCACACCAUCCUGACAUGGCUGAUCGACUCCGGUGUGCUCAAAGAGAACGAGAAGGUCUCGUACGUGGACAGCACCAGCUUCGCCACGAAGGCCUCUGGCGCGGUGACUAGGGCCGGCAUCCAGUGCACCUGCUGCAACACCGCGAUGGCGCCCCCGACCUUCUCGUCCCACGCCGGCUCUGAGGACUCGACACCGUGGGAGAGGCUCCUGCUAAAGUCCGGCAAGUCGUUGCUGGAGUGCGUGCGGGAGGCGUGGCAGGGGGAGGACCUGAGGACCUUACACGCCAAGCAGAAGGCACGGGCUGCGCUGGAGAAAGAACGGGAGAGGAGCACACAGGAGAAGAAGCGUGCUCUGCUGCUCGCCAAGCAGAGCAGGAAGGAACCAGCCCUCGCCCUCGACGGGACCAACUAUGGGGGGGACGACGACCGGAGCGACGACGCGUGCGGUGUGUGCGCAGACGGCGGACAGCUGCUGUGCUGCGACAGCUGCCCGUCCACCUUCCACCCGGAGUGCCUCGCCGUGAAGGUCCCUGAGGACUGCUGGGUCUGCCACUACUGCCGCUGCUUCCUGUGCUCCGCCGAUGAUGACGGCCAUGGCGGCCUCUCCGACUGCAACCAGUGCACCCGCAAGUAUCACCAGCACUGCCGCGCGCCCCUGUUGGCCGGGCACGAGAUCGGUCCCUACUGCAGCGAAGCCUGCAACAAGAUAGCAGUGAAUCUGUCAAACAUGGUGGGAGCCACGACCAGCAUCGGCGAGGAAGGCCACUCAUGGUCCCUGUUAAAGAUCCAGCGGGGCUCCAUGACGUCAGACUCCGCCGCCCUGCUGGAGUGCAAUGCGAAGCUGGCAGUGGCGUUUGGCGUGCUGGAUUUGUGCUUCAACCCUGUGAAGGACCGGCUGACCGGCAUUGACAUGAUUCGCCAGGCCGUCUACAGCGUCGAAUCGGACUUCAAGCGGCUGAGCUAUGAAGGUUUCUACACCAUAGUUCUGCAGAAGGACACGGAGAUCAUAUCAGUGGCCUUGCUCAGGUUCCAUGGCGCCAAGCUGGUGGAGAUGCCGUUCGCGUGCACACUGCCGCAGUACCAUAGACAAGGGAUGAUGCGCCGCCUCGUCAAUGCCAUCGACAAGGUGCUAGAAUCGGUGCAGGUGGAGAAUUUGGUGAUCUCGGCGGUGGCCGAGGUAGUGGACACAUGGAAGAAGCUUGGCUUCAUGACCGUGGAUCCACAGCUGAGAGAUGAGGCCAAGAGGCUCAGCAUGGUCACCAUUGCCGGCACCAUCCUACUCCAGAAGCCCACCGCAUUGCCGAUGACCGAGGACGAGCUGGCGUUCCUGGAGAUGGGCUGGCCGCUCUGCAGCUUCGUCGACCUCUUGAACGGGAUCGCAUUCCCAUGGCCGCCAUAUGCUGACCCCGUGGCCGCUGCCGUGAGGGGGGCGGGCGGCAAGGCGUAGCUACGCCGCGGCCUCAUGCAGCGGCAACCUCCACCUCGGCGUGAACAAGUGAUCAUGACGCCAUUUUUCUGAAGAAUUUGUUGUGUUUCUUUAUUUGACAAUUGAAGUUAGUUUACAUACCGUUUGCUUUAAAAAGUCAGAAGAAUGGACCGAUAACUCUGAAGUUUUGACAUUUGGAGUUUUUUUACAUAUCUUAGACAUGGUUGGGGAACUUCAGUGUAUGCUUAUGUUAUCAUGGGAUCUACAAGUUUUUGGAUGACAAGGAAUCGUAUUUUUCUGU